AUGGAAAACUCAUCAGUUAAUGAAACAAGUCACAAUAAUGAAAUUCAACUCAUAGCUGAAGACUUGUUAGAUGAUGACAGUAUCAUUGAAGGUUACAUCAAGAUUAUGAAUAAACAUUCCAAUUUGAAAAUUUCUACAUCAAGUGAUCCCGUGGAAGCAAAAGAGUCAGUUACAGAAUUCAGAGAUGCUUUUUUAAUUCCAAUGAUCAAAAGACUUAUACGUGGUUCGGAUACCAAUAACAGAUUGGGGUUAAUGUUAUUUAUCAGAAUUAGUAUUGGUCUUCCAGAUUUUAAUUUAGCUACUGCUCCAGGGUUCAAAGAUCUAUGGGAAUCAGGAGAGACUGUGAGUAAACCAUCCAAGAACUCACUUUCAAAAGCAUGUCUGGACCAGAACAUUUAUGCAAAAGUGAAAUUUAUAGAAAUUGAAGAUCAAGAGGUUGCAAAAAUAUUAAAGAGAAUUUUGGUUGAUGUUACAAGCAAAUUAAAAAGCUUAGAUGAUGAGGCCAUUGAGGAUAUCAUGUCAGGUAUUGGUAUACAUCAAUUUUUUAACUUGGAUGAAGAACCUUUAGAUGUUUUGAAUGAAAGCGUCACAGAAUAUUAUGUUUUGGGGAAAAUUUUGAAUCCUAUCAGACUCUUAUACAAUCUCACAUUGGCCGAGGGUUAUAAAUUAAAGACAAGUUUACAAAAGGCAGAGUACCUGAAAAGGCAGAGAUUCGAAAACCUUCCAAGUGGUGACUUGAAGUUAUCCAAACACACGUUUCAUGUAUUCCUUGAUAUUACAUUAGCCUUAAAACCUCCUGGGUCAAAUGAGUCUUAUAAUUUUGCAAAUUUUGAAAUAAAAAUAUACAACUGUUUGUCCAUAUUUUCCGGGAUAGGUACCACUAAUUUCAAAUGUUUGCUUUUGAUAAAGAUAAAUUUUGGCAAGGAGUUGGAGGAUUUUCUUUCAGAUCCUGAAAAUCCAACUAAUAAAGUUCCAUUUUUAUUCAAGUUGGUUAAUAUAAAAGAUUCUGGUAUCACCGCACAAGCCUCACUUUUGACAAUGAUACACGAUGAAAUUGAAAACUUUUCGGAACCUAAAUAUAGAGAAAAGAUCUACCAAAUUCAAAGGCUCAAAGAUAUCUGCUUGAAAAGUAACAGUGAGUUUGUUGCAACUCUAAUAGAGUGGACUCAAAGGAAUUUUUUUGAGUUAAGAUUUUAUCCUCUAUAUGAGAUUGAUUAUUGUCCUGAUAUCUCUAGUGAAAAAUAUAUUUCAUUAUUCCAUAAUGGCUCUGGUGAAAAUCCACAAGUAUUACUUAUUUCUAAAAGACUCUAUAAAAGUUUGUUCAAAAUCAAGCCCACCAGAAUCGAAGACCACGGACUUGUUGUUCUUUCAAUAUAUGAUCCAACUAGAUAUCAGAUUCAGAACUAUACUGAAGAUGAUACAUUAGGUUUGAAAAAAGCUAAAAAUUUGUUCAUGGAUAAGUACAAGAACCAGAUGAAGGCUAUUGAUAUCAUCAAAAAGUUUAACAUGAAAAACGAAAAUAAGGUAAAUGUAUUAACACAUUUCAGAGAUGGGAACAUGAAGUUGAAGAUCAAAAAUUUUUCAUAUUAUGUUGGAAAUUAUAUUAUUCGUGAACAUGUUACAGAUAGACCUUGUACAAAGGAGGACUUCAACGAAGCUAUUGAACAACUCAAUUACUUAAGAGAUGCUGGUAUUCAACUAGAAAAGAUUGAAGUAACUGAUAUUUUUAUGUCCAAAGGGAAAUGUUACUUAACCAACUUCGAUAAUGCAACUUUUGAAAAGACUAAGGAAGUUAAUCCUUUGUGUUUGUCCAAGCUUGAAAAGUUAAGGGAUAAUGCUGAAAAAUCUAAAAAGCCAAAGCAUCAAUGA